AUACAUAGACAUCUGACGUCUGGGCAAUAACUAUAUCUAUUGCCAAAGUUUGCAUGUUCUAUGAAAGGAAAAAUUAAUAGGCGCGUUUAGUGUGUUCGAAGUAAGCAAGGUUUGCAGUUGAGAACGAAGCGUUCCGGUGAAGUUGAAAAGUGCAUUUCACCAAAAAUAUCAUAUAAGUUUUAAGUUUAGUGAAAAUGAAAACCAUGAGAGUGCAAAGACAUAAACUUUUGAUCGCCUCUGUGUCGGCGAUGCUGUUUGGCGUGAUUUUUGGUUGGGUCGGAUUUCCGAAAAUACUCAAAAUGAUGAUAAAAAAGCAAGUUUCACUGAAACCCGGCACCGAAAUACGUGAUCUCUGGACACAGACGCCAUUUCCACUACACUUUUAUAUUUAUGUAUUCAACAUCACGAAUCCGGAAGAGGUGAUUAACGGUGAAAAGCCGAAUUUACAAGAGGUUGGGCCAUUCGUUUUCGACGAAUGGAAGGAUAAAUAUGAUCUGGCCGACGAUCCAAUUGAAGAUUCGAUCUCAUACAAUAUGCGUAACACAUUUUAUUAUAAUGAAAAAGCUUCAAAGGGACUAACUGGUGAAGAGCUCAUAACUAUUCCACAUCCAUUGCUUGUGCCAAUCUCCGUGGUUGUGCAACGUGAACGUGCCGCCAUGUUGGACCUUGUCGCUAAAGCUAUAAAUAUUGUUUUCGCCGGAGAGAAAGCAGUAAUCACGGUAAAAUUUAUGGAUUUAUUCUUUCGAGGACUCUACGUUGACUGUUCGUCACCGGAAUUUGCCGCCAAAGCACUGUGCACGGCAUUCUACACGGGUGAGGUGAAGCAAGCGAGACAAGUGAACUCGACACAUUUUCUAUUCUCAUUCAUGGGCAAUAACAAUCACACCGAUGGCGGUCGUUUUACCGUCUGUCGUGGCGUCAAGAAUUUCAGUAAACUGGGUAAAGUCAUACGUUUCGGCGAUGAGCCCACAUUGGAUAUGUGGGCUGGCGAUGAAUGUAACGAAUUUAUCGGCACCGAUUCGACGAUUUUUGCACCAUUCAUGACCAAAGAGCAAGGCUUGUGGGCCUUCACGCCUGAUGUGUGUCGCUCCUUUGGCGCAGUCUACAGACGUAAGUCCUCUUACCAUGGUAUGCCAGCAAUGCGUUAUCACAUGGAUUUGGGUGACAUAAAGGCGGACCCCAGUUUGCAUUGCUUCUGCGACGAUCCGGAAGAUAUUGACAGUUGCCCACCCAAAGGCACCAUGAAUUUGGAACCCUGUGUUGGUGCACCAAUUAUAGCAUCAAUGCCACACUUUUAUAAUGGCGAUCCGCGCCUGCUAGAGGAGGUGAACGGUUUAAGUCCCAAUGAGCAUGAUCAUGCGGUUUUCAUUGAUUUCGAAUUGACCUCUGGCACACCAUUUCAAGCCGCCAAACGUUUGCAAUUCAACUUUGAUAUGGAACCCGUUGAGAAAAUUGAACCCACCAAGAAUUUACGUAAAAUGAUUUUUCCGAUCUUUUGGGUUGAGGAGGGCGUGGCAUUGAAUAAGACUUUCACAAAUAUGCUAAAAUAUACAUUAUUUCUCGGUCUAAAAUUCAACUCUGCAUUGCGUUGGUCGCUCAUCACCAUGGCCUUGGUGGGACUCAUGUCCACCUGUUACUUGUAUUACAAGAAGAGUGAUAGUUUGGAUAUCACUGUGCCACCGAAAGCCAUAACGGAGCUCACCAAUAAGGUGGAAGAUGUGAAGCCAGUGCCGGAUAAAAGGUCUCAUCCUCCAACUAUCGCACAGGCUGAUCUCUCGAACCCGCGUGACACGAGGAAUACGUUUUAAUUUUAUAAAUAAAAUAGUUGUAAUUUGUAUUACAAAAAGCACAUUCUAUUCACAAUUCUCUAGGACUAGAGAUAAUGAUCUUAUCACAUAUAGACUUACACACACAAUAUAUGAAAUAAAGUAGCGAUUUUUUUUCGUUUAGUUAAGAAAUUUGA